AUGGCUCGACGUCGGCAAAUCAAAGCCACCGUAGUCGAUAGGAGUAGGGAUUUAAUAAGUCCUCUGCCGGUAGAGAUAAAGCACAGAAUUUUGGAGUGUUUGCCCACCCGAGACGCUGCCAGAACUGCUGUACUAUCAACCCACUGGAAUGAUGUUUGGUUGCAACAUGGGAGGCUUGCGUUCGAUUAUGACUUCAUAUAUAGUGUCGAACAGGGCGACGAUGAUAAUUAUGACUUCAUAUAUAGUGUCGAACAGGGCGACGAUGAUAAAGGCAGAACUCUCGUUGAUGUCGAACAGGGCGACGAUGAUAAAGGCAGAACUCUCGUUGACAUAAUAAAUAAUAUUCUCCUUUUCCGUGCUGGACCGGUUAAGAAAUUUACUCUAUAUGUUGAACAUUGUUAUCGGCAGUCUGAUUUGGAUAGGUGGUGUCUUUUUCUAUCAAGAAAUGGUGUGGAGGAGCUUAUCAUAAAAUUUUGUAAUUGUGGAGAGGAUGAAUAUAAGCUGCCAUUUUGUAUACUCUCGUGCCAGACAAUUAAGCAAAUGAGUGUCGACGGUCCCUUUAUUGAUUUUCCUGUAAAUAAUGUUGGUGGUAUAUUUUCCAAUGUCACUUCAUUAUUUUUCUCGAGUGUUGAAUUUAGGCUCAAUGUUAAUGGAACUGCCUCUAGUAUUAGUAUUAGUAUUCCUAACCUUGAGAAGCUGUCUUUCUUUAAUUGUGUUGGGAUCAAUAAAUUUGAGAUCAGCGCUUCAAAACUUGAAAGGUUGUCUGUUCGUUAUUUUGUGCAUGACGUGGUUGAAUCAAGAUGGUUGGCACCACAUUUGAAAGCAAUUAAGAGUCUUUGGUUGUGUGGCUCUUCCUUGUUGUAUGUGGACGCAUCUUUGUUUGCAACUACAAUAAAUCUCCAAGUACUAGGGCUGUAUGAAUUACGUUUUAGUUGUGCGAAGCAGCUCACCACUGCUAUGCAAUUGCUUCAAAAAUGCCCCAACGUAUGUGAACUGGGAAUUAGGGCUUAUCAGGAAGUAAGCAAAUUUGAUGAUGAAGCAACUUCAAGACUUUUGAAGGAUCCAGAUGGUUGCUUUAUUGUUCAGGAUCUAAAGAUGCUUAACACAAUCAAGAUUGAAUCAUUUAGGGGAUCCACAGUCGAAAUACUUUUUGUAAAAAUGCUGCUCUCAAAAUCCCCCGCACUAGAGAAAGUUGUUAUUAUGGAAUCUUGUUUUAUUGACACAUCUGUAGCUGUCAAAAGCCUAAGGGAGUUGUUGCGUUUUCCUCGUGCAUCUCUAAAAGCCCAAAUUGUUUGCAUGGAACACAAGGGAGCCAUGUCUGGUUGGGCCAUGGGCGAAUUGUGA